CCCCACCAUUAAGUAUUGCAGCAACACCCACGAGUGCCACACACACACAACCACACAAAAAGUCCCAUCGGAACGACCAGCGCAAUCCGCCAUGAAGCCCCGCCGCAGAUCUCCGUUUCGUCCCCUCCCCGCCGCGUGCCCGGCACCACCGCUGCUUCGAAUGACGUGUUUGCUGCUCACGCUCACGCUGCUCACGGUCCUGUCCAUGGCCCCCGGUGCGCUCGGCUUUGGCUUCGGCUUUGCAGCGACCGGGAAGUGCGGAAGGACCAGCACCCCCUUUGUGGUCCCCGGCCACCCCUUGUCUUUGUUCGGAAGAAACCGAACCCCUUGCGCCAAGCGACCCUUGCGCGGGAUCCUUCCGCUGCCCUCUCGGAGCGGCGACCCCUUUCGCGAGCCUGGGGAACCGGAGGAGGAAGAAGAAGGGGCGGCUCCCGUUCCUUCCGGAGGGACCGAUCCGGGAGUACCUCCCCAAGACGGCUUUGACGGGGAGGGCUUUGCCAAAUAUCUGCUCCCCUAUGCGGUUGCCCUGGUCGGGUCGGUCCUGGCCACGGCGGCCCUCUUUCGGUUUGUCCUGCUGGACUACUAGCAGGAGCGGAAGCGAAUCGAAGCCAAGCCAAGCCAAGAGAAACAAACCCAAAAGCCGUUCUGUUCACAAACCCAAACGUUGGAACGACGGACGGCGCAUUCUAUGCAUGCGGAGGGGCGGAAGCGUGUCGCCGCCGUGCGACGUUGCACAGAAAACGGACCGGCGCUGCACAACGCAACGCUGCGCUGCGCAACGCACACCAAUUCGUUCCGACGGAGACAAGAAAAGCACAGAGCACUCGCUGUGGCGAUUUGGUGGGUGGGUUGGAUUUGCAAAGAAACACUCGUUGAUCCAUCCAUCCAUCGAUCCAUCGUGAUGAAGGGUUGCUUUGUCCGCACGGGCGGAUCUCGGACGUGGUGACCAGAUGAAAAGAUGCGCAGGAUCGUUUUGCACUUCCGAUCUUUGAUGCAGAGAAUUCAUACCGCCUUGAACAAUACCAUGUUGUUAUGAAUUUAGGGUAUAAGAUUUUCAAUAGGAACGCCAUGAAACGAAAAUGCAUUGUCUGAGUAAAGACAAACAAUCGAG